GCCCCGCCCCCCUCAUGCUGCUGCUGGAGCAGUGUUGAAGUCUGUUGUGUUUCGGCACCAGGCUGCCGAACCGACACAGUCGCGCUUCGUUUUGGUAUUUUCACCUUUAAAAAAUGGCGUCUGACGGCAUGGAUGAGCGUUCGCCGCUGCUGUCGGCGCAGAACUCUGGAAAUGUGACGCCCACUGCGCCUCCGUACCUCCAGGAGCCCAGUCCGAGAGCUGAGCUUCCUCCCCCAUACACAGCCAUUGCCAGUCCCGAUACAGGAGGAGUGCCUGUCAUUAACUGCCGAGUGUGUCAGUCUCUCAUAAACCUGGAUGGGAAGCUCCAUCAGCACGUUGUGAAGUGCACGGUCUGCAAUGAGGCCACGCCAAUCAAAAACCCACCAGCUGGGAAAAAGUAUGUCCGAUGUCCCUGCAACUGCCUGCUAAUUUGUAAAGACACAUCACGGAGGAUAGGAUGCCCUCGGCCCAACUGCAGACGGAUCAUCAACCUGAGCCCUGUGAUGGUGAUCCCAGAGGAGCAACCUGCACAGCCGGCACUUCCUAUUCAGCCCGAAGGCCUGCGUGUGGUGUGCGGCCACUGCGGCAAUACGUUUCUUUGGAUGGAGCUCCGAUUUAAUACGCUGGCCAAGUGUCCACAUUGCAAAAAAAUCUCUUCUGUUGGCAGUGCCCUACCCAGGAGGCGCUGCUGCGCCUACAUCACAGUAGGAAUGAUUUGCAUUUUCAUCGGAAUUGGACUAACAGUUGGAACCCAAGAAUUUGCAAGCAGGUAUCAUGCUACCUAUGUGUCAUGGGCCUUUGCGUAUCUGCUCGGUCUUAUCUGCCUGGUACGAGCCUGCUACUGGGGAGCAAUUAGAGUCAGCUAUCCAGAGAACACCUUUGCGUAGACGAAGUGUUUGUGAUCGUUCAUUUAACCCUUUUAGGAUUUCAUUUUAUCCUGAUUUUAACAGGUGUUUAACAUUUGACUGGUCAUUCUAUGUAGUGCCCCUUUUCCACCAAAAAGAACCGAGUGCUGGUUCAGAGCUAGCGCUGGUGCUGGUUCAAAGUUGGUUCCACUGGCGAACCUUCCAAGAACCGGUUUGUCUUUCCACCGGCUAGAGAGCAUCACAGAGCCGAGUCUGACGUCACUGUAUAUGUGUCACUUGUCCCAGCAACAUUAGCGCAGCAGCGGCAAACACAAACACAUCAACAAUGCCGGAUGUUGCUUUACUGUUAAUUCUCAUGGCUUUGUGAACCUACAUUACGUAGCGAACGUAGCGAAUCCAACGUGUACGUGCAGCUCCAUGUAAUCUGUAUAAACGGAGGUUGUUUUUGAGAAAGUACAUAAUGUUAUUUUAUCAUUAACACAGAAAAAACUUAGCCUUAGCAUGUAGCUACUUACUAUCAUGUGUGCUGAUAAUGUAUCAUAUCGCGGUAAAGUAAAAGUGUAUUAAACAUUAGUAUACUUAAGGUACAUUAUCAAAUGCGCUAACAUUAACCCCGCCCACAGCCCCUGACACAAGCGGUUCUUUAGUCUAGACCAGCAACGUUUUGGUGCUACUUAAGAACCACUAUUCCUGGUUCAGAGCCGGUGCUUUGGCUGUCGAAAAAGAAAGAACUGGUUCUAAAUUAGGCUCUGGCUCCAAACCAGCACUCAAACUGCCUCGGUGGAAAAGGGGCAAAAGUGAGCUGAAAUCAAGGGAGGAAAUUUAUGCAUUGUAUUCUGAUGGAUUGGGUGUAAAAUAUUUAUAUAAAAGCUGUCUUGCUGAUCAGAAAUUCAAAAUAUGAUGAAAUCAACAUUGGCUAGUGACGUUUAAAUUCCAUGUUAAAUUAAAGGUACGCACGCCUUGUGGCUGUCAUAACUCCUACUGGAUAGAUUGUGUGUGCUGUGUUUUGUUACCAACUGACCAAAAUGAACAAUUUGUCCAUUGCACUACAGUUUUAUGCAAAUAUACUGUUUUUUGUUUUUUUUUUGCUGCUAGUUGUCAGCUGUAAAAAGCUGCAGGUUGUUAAGUAUUAAAAGCUGCCUACUCUAAACAAGGUACUGUGUUCCAUUUAUAUAAUCGUACAUCUUGCACAUGCCGACAUUCGUGUUCGUAUCUCUGGAGGAAGAAAAAUGAUCACUGCUCUCGAAUUCAAACCGUUCGUGCCGCUCAGACGUACUCUGACAGAUUAUUGCGGCUUUUCGGAGUAAUUUUAAACGGCAUGCUUACAAACGUCAAAACUCAUAAUUUGACUCCAGUGAGAUUUAAAUGUUUCGCAUGAUAUUAAUUUGUACCACAGAUCAGUGUUUCUCUGUCAAUGAAAGGUCACUGUGGAAGUGUUAGGCCCUAACGUUCAGCCUUCCUUUCUAUACGUAGAACAGAAACACCUCUGCUUCCUUGUUCAUGCUAAUAUCACUGUAGUUCCCUAACUUUGGCAGGGUGACUGGGCACAACUGUAGUUACUAAUCCUGUUCUGAAUGUGAAAAGCAAGUUUCUUUGUACAUAGUUUAUUCAUCGCACCAAGACUAACUUAAGUUUGAGUAUGGUUUGGGUCUUUUUAAAAAUGGUAAUUUAUCAAUAAAAUAAAAAAAGGAA